UUUUGGAUUUGGAGCAGAAAAGCGAACCAAAAGGAUUUGAAACGGAAGCCCUCCUUUCUUUCCAUGGAACGCAGAGGAGACCACCAAUCUCUCCAUAACCAAACUCCUCGAAUUCUGAUCGAAUUCCUCGAAGUCGCCAUAAACUCCAUCGUGUUCCUCAAAGGGCUUUAUCCUCCAGGAGCAUUUGAAAGGAGACGUUACAUGAACAUUGUUGUACAGAGGGCCAGGCAUCCACAGCUCAGUGACUACAUCCAUUCUGCGGUAGCCGGCCUCCAACCUUUUAUUCAGAAGGGAUUGGUGGAGAGGGUGGCGGUCAUCUUCUAUAACAAGGAGCAUAUCCCAGCUGAGAGAUUUGUAUUCAAGCUUUCGGUGAACCUGUCAUAUGGCUCAAAGGUGGAAGAAACUGGUUUAGAGUUUGCUCUGCGGUCGUUCUUGAUUAAGCUAUCGGUGGCUGAACCCCUUACUAAAGCUCUCCCACAUGAUUGCAGCUGGGAGAUCACGGCAUAUGUCCGUUCUCUUCCUGAGGAAGGCAACAAGGAAACACAGCUUUGGAUUCCGACCGACACGAAGCAGUGGCAACAGCCUCCAUUGAUUACACCGAUCAAGUCGAUGAGCAGUGAACCUUUGUGUGUGCAAUUGUAUUUGGAGCACCCCAGUCAAUCUGAACCAACGGUUCCCGUUGGCAAUGAUGAAUAAACUGGUCCCAGCAUUUCGGCCAUUCAUCAA